AUGCAAGGUAGGUUCUUCCAUUCCUGCACCUCCGGGAGAUGCUCCACUGUGGUCUCCCGCCCCAAAACGGAGCCCGACGUGAUCCGAGGAGUUGGAGAGGUUCACUCGAGCUCCUCCGGGGCUUCGAUGGCAGAAUCCCUUAACCUCGGUGGUCGGAAAAUAAGAGGCUCCUCGGAAGUCAGCCAACCCGGAGGAGGGUCUCCCGCCUCGCCAGGAAGCCGAAGCAGCCGCGCAGGGCGAAAAGCAGGAAGGAGAGCUCGGACGCCCGCGCCUCCUGACACCGGCCCCGGACUCAGGGAACCGGCAAGAGCUCCGACGCUGCCCACUCGACGGCUGGCUCGAAGGGCAUCCGCGUCCAAAAUACCUGAGCCCUCCCAGCAGCGGCCGCCUCGGCCGCUGUUGCCACCACUCGGGUCUGUCAGGAGCGGAACUUCCUCCUCGGCGGCCACUAAGAGGCCCCGGCCCGCAGCCCCUCGGUCCGAGAGCCCGGGGCAGGCGCCUGCUCAUUCCUCGCUCAGCCCGGGAGCGGCGGCGACCCCGGGCGCGCGGGAGCAGCCGCGUCUCGGGCGGGCAGAGGUCAGCUCCGUCUCCUUCUUCCCGGGCCGCUGGCCGCCGUGGGGGCCUCGGCCGCGCUGCCUCCGAUCGAUCGCAGGUCCUCGCUCCGGCGGCGGCGGCGGCGGCGGCGGGAGAAGCGGCGCGUCCACGCGGUACGGGUACGCGGCCCGGUCCUCGUCCCCUGGCACCCUAGGCCGGGAGGGCGCGGAGCAGCCGGGGACCGACACCCGUUGGGCUCACGCCGAGAGGGAGGCGGCGGAGGCGGAGGCUGGUAGGGGGGCGCGGGCCGGCCUCCGGCCCGGACUCGCGAGUGGGCGUCCCCGGGCGGCGGAGUGUGAGGUGCGCGCGCACGCUCCCGGCCCCGCCGCCACCGCCCCUCCCCCGCCCCGCCCGGCCCGCGCUCCGGUCUCGCGCCGCUGCGGGCUCCAGCGCCUGCCGCCCAGACACCAGCCGACCGCGCGCCCCCUGGAAGCGUCCUGCAGCCGCCUUCUGGGCGCGCGAGGCGAGAAAGUCGCCGGUCUGCCUCACUGUGUUUCCUAUAGGCAGUGGGGAAAGUGAUAGUCACAUCAUCUCCUGGGUAUCCGAUUCACUUAGGUUGAUGUAA